CCGUCCCAUCACCACCGCUGCCGACAAACUUUCACUCACCACCACCGACCCACCACCACUUCACGGACAGACUUUCACUCAAAAACACCAUCGUCUUCUUCGUCUCCUUCUUCUCUUAAAGCGUGCAGAAGCCCUGCAUGCAUUUUAUUCUACAUUUACGACUUUCGCCACAAUUUUAACAGUGAAAUUUCCAAAGUGAAAGUCUUCUUCUUCUUCAUCUUACAGCAAAAGAGUGCAUGAAUUUUUUGAUAGGACUCUUUCCAAACAGUGAAAUUUCCAAAGUGAAAGUCUUCUUCAUCUCACAUCAAAAGCGUGCAUGCACUUUUUUACAGUUACGACUUUCCCUGCACUUUAAAAUAAACAAAGUGAAAGCUAGCUACAAUAUAAUUCGUCCAACUCUGGGAAAAAGUGAAAGUUUCAAAGAGUUUAAAACACAGCGAUUUCUUUUUUGGAGAAAGGAAACCAAUUUGAAAAAAAGUGAAAGUGGACGACGAGUAAAGUAAGUGGACGAAGACUCGAAAACUUUCUACCUUUUGUACACAUGACACCUGCUUCGUCUGAAAAAAAAGUCACCCGAAAAAUAAAACGUGCCCAAAAAACUACGCCGACUUUCUCAAGAGAAAAGUGAGUGAAAGCAAGUAUUAAAAAAAACUUAACUUUAAGGAAAACCAAAACAUUAACAAAUUUAGGUAAAAUUCGACUAAAAACUCAAGCAUCAUGGUGACUUUGCUCCAUUCUUUUGAUCACAACGAGCAAACUUUUUAACUAAACUUUCACACAAAGAGGUUCCCCCCAUUAUUAAAUGGAGACAAGAAAAGAGCAAAGAGAAAGCUCAAAUAAUACUCCAAAAGAUGACAUCAUUUCACAUUUAUAACGGGACAGAAGCCCCACAAUAAGCGAGGCUUACCUGUUAAUACCUGUGCUCCCAUUAAAGCAGCUCAACGUCACCAAAAAAGCUGCAAAAUUUCUAAAUAGACUGCUUCAAAAUUACUAACAAAAGUCUUUCAUAAUUCCAAUUUUCAAAGGUUAAACAAUCAUAACAAAAUCUAUUACAACGUGUUUUCAUAAAUAUUUCAACGUCCACGUGUCCAAUUAAUGACACGUGGUGCAAGUGCAAAUUGUGCAAAAUUUUGAAUUCUGAAUCCUUCCGAGCAUGUAAAACUACAAGACUUUUUUUGCUAUCAAACUAAACAUUACUUUCCCCCAACUGUGAAACUAGAUCAUAAUUCGUCUCAAACAAAAGUGUUUACUUAACAAGUGGAAUAAUAAGUGCAUAGUUUGUGAAUGAAUUAAUUAAUCAGCAGCGGAUUUCUUUCCACCAAACCAUGCGGGCAACUACUGGAAGCUUGGAAACUUAUUAAAACCGAGUUUCCAGAUCGGUCUCCCCUGCCCCCGCUUUCUCCUCCUCAUGAGAUGAGUGACCUUUCACGGCCUCAUCCCCCAUGGUCGGCGCCGCGUGGGAGGACCCUCAUCAGCCCAACGUCGUCCCGUCUGCAGGCAAGAGUGUUCUUCGCGUGGCCCGUGUUGACGGGGAAAAGUGUGUCCUCCGGCACGGCUCCGAGGAGCAGUUGAACGGGAGGAAGAAGAAAAAGAAGCGGAGAAAAUCUGGGCGAAAGGAAACAUCUCACAAAAAAGAAGAAACGAGACGACGGCGUUCCUUCGCAUCUCGGGGUUCCAUGUUGUGCUGUGGCAGACGAAAGGAUCAAGGUCGGGACAUUCCACCGAACGCAGACCAACCAGCUGCCAGUCCGAGGAGACUACAACUGGGCCAAUUUGCCACGACCAUCCCCCCAGGGCGCGGUGGGGUCCAACAACAACAGCAGCAGCUCCCUCAUAUGGUCCUUCAGCCUGAUUUUAGAAAAGUCAGUGGAAUAUCGACGGAAAUAUUUCGACAGUUGGAAUCAGUUGAGAAUGAUCACGAUGCGACGACUGCCGCCGCACUGGGGGCGGUUGAGCGACGGGGUGAAAUGCUGGUACGGUUGCUGGACCCGCGACAAUUUUCUCGCCCCGUGCAGGACGCCGUUCGCAAGUUUCUUUCCAUGCAGGAUGGACUUCACAGCGUCCAGUUCGUGGAGAUAGUGAAACGUCCCGGCCAAACGCUCGGCCUUUACAUCCGGGAAGGGAACGGGGUUGACCGCUACGAUGGGGUGUUCGUCUCCCGGAUCGCGAUCGAGAGCGCCGUCUUCAACAGCGGCUGUCUCGGCGUGGGCGACGAAAUCCUCGCCGUCAAUCUCGUCGACGUUACUCACAUGUCGUUGGACGACGUGGUCAUUCUCAUGUCCAUUCCGAGACGAUUGGUGCUCACGAUCCGGCAGAGGAAAGGUCGCAUGAUGUCCUCGCACUCCAUGCUCCGCUCCGAGUCCAAACUUCCUCCCGUCGUGGUCAUGAAGAAAGAGUUGGACGAAGAGCCGUACGACGAGAAUGACGAGAACGGUCACCUCCUCGGCCAGCUGGGUCCGGGUCCUUACGGGCGCACGACGCCGGCCCAGGUCCACCACACGCUCUCGCAUCCAGGCGGGUAUCCUGGUAUUGGGCGGGGGAGGGCGCCCCUCAUGCACCAGCAGCAGCAGCAGCAACAGUAUCAGACUCAGGGGCAGCGGAUCUUUGGUGCUCAACCGGCCCUGGGGGGCAGGCAGGGCCUCACCCCCUUGCAACAGGCGCAACAACACGCGCUCGGCAUCGGCUAUGGCACCGGACCCGGCUCCAUGCACUCGCUCUCGAGACAUCAACAUCAAUCUCCAUAUCAGCCACACUAUGCAAAUUUACCCAUGCAACAUCACCUCCCCGACGUCACGGAUUAUUCGUCGGGAAGAAUGCCGAGACAUGAUGAUUUCAGACUGGACCCACCACAACCUCCCAUUCGUCGCAACCACAUCCAACAACAACCCCAGCCCUCCUACUCCACCCAAGAUUUUGACCCGUACCGCCCCGACCCCCAGCCCCCUCGGCCCCCUUCCCAGCAGUCCAACUACCAACCGUACGAGUGGUACCGGCCUGAGCAGGAGCAGCACCACCGAGAAGCCCCCUCCACGGCCUCCUUAUCAUAUCAACCACCCCCACCGAUAACCGAGCAGCCUCGCUCCUCCAUCGGCCCCCAACACUUCCAACCCUUCGAUCGAGCAUAUCCUAAAACUCUCGAGUCUCUCGCGGAGAAAGUGCACACGUUUUACACCGGACCGCGACCCCAGCGGCAGCAGAAUGGGAGGAGAAUGCCGCGCACGGGGAGCGACCAUCGCCUCAGUUUAGGCCGCGGUGGACCCGAACCUCAAUGGUAUGGCUCUAUGCCAAGACAAAGACCGGGAUCCACGUCGGUCACGGAUUUCCGCAGCCCGCAAACCGCUGGAAUGCCGCCAUCCGCCAGAUAUUCGGCAGGGAUGAGUGCCCGCCUCGGAGUGAUUCCUACGCGGAGAAAGGCACCUCUCGACUACGCCUCAGACUCAGAAGCGAUGAACUAUCCUAGCGGGAUCCGUGCCGCGCUUCCCGCCGCGACCCGAAGGUCCCUCGGACUAACCAACGGGAGGAGCAACUCCCUCCCACGUGACCUCAUCCGCGGUCGAGGCGGGAGAAAGCAUAACGUCCGCUUUGACAACAAGCGGGGAACGGUUGACCUUGGUGCCACUUCGAGCAUGGCGGGACGACGCGCCCUGCUCCUCGCGGCGGGAAUGGACAGUCAAGACGAAAGUGAUGGUGCUCUCUCCGCUCCGGAAAUGCCCCUCACGCCCAGGAGGGAACAAGAAUACCGAAGCUGGCUGACGAGGGGCGCCAUCCCGCGGGCCCCGUCCACCUCCGCCAUCUACGAGAGACUGAAAACCAAUCGAGAUUUCGACCUCAUCCAGACUCAAAAGGCCGCCAAACUCACCUACAGCGCGGAAAAUCUCACACUCCUCGACCGCGCAAAAACGCGUACCGAAAGACAGUUAAAGUUACUCACGGAGAGUCUCGAGCGGGAAAACUUGAACAACUUGGCCCAGUGGGAGGCCCAACAACGACAGCAAGAGCAACAGCAACGGCCGUACUACUCGUACCGCACCCAUCUCACUUCCACCACGUCCUCCACCCUUACCGGCGCCGACUCCACGCUCGCCCGCGCCCUGGCCGCGGGCCGCUCCCCGUCAACUUCCUCCGCCUUAGCUGCCCUCGGAAUACGAGAACCUCCCGCCGGAGCGUCCUCCUCUCUCAAGGAGUCCCUCAGCUCAGACCCGCUCCGACGCCUCGUCAGCAUCACGCCAUCCCGGUCACGUGACCUCAUCUCUUCCGUCACCGGUCCGGGCGGGGUGGACGGCCGUCGCUCCCCGUCAGCCUCACUCCUCCACCGCAUAUCCGCCGAUAAGGACGAGUCCCUCUUACGUAAAGAAAUCCUCUCCCGCUCCCUCAUUGGGCGGGAUCUCCUCUCCCGAGAAAGUCUCAAAGACGACCUCGCCGAGUUAUCCGCCGCCGCCACCGAUAAAUCCUCCUCCCGCCUAACUUCCGGCCCCACUUCCGCCGCCGCCCUGCUCUCUGUUCGCAGUGGUGGCGGCGGCACAACCGCCACCAUAACUACGCCGCAAGGUGGCGGCUCCAUCACAUCCACGGGUACGGGCGAUUCCCGCCUCAAACUCUUAACCAUCAACCCGUCCGAAUUCUCCCGCUAUAAGAUCGAACGUCCCGCACCUUCCAUGAGCCAAUCCUCCUCCGGCGGAGUCGACCACCCCUCCGCCACGCCCCCACUCACGGGACACUCGGGCAUCCUGCGCGUCCACCUCCUCGCCGGAAGAGCGCUUCGUUCCACGGUGAAAACGACGGAUGCCUCGAUACGCACGAGAGACUUGUACUGCGUCCUAGAAUGCGACCGCGUCCACAAGGCGCGCACCGUCGUCUGCACGGGGGAUCAGAAUUUCGACUGGGAUGAAAUAUUCGACCUUGACCUCGUCCUCAAUAAGGAGGUCGACUUCCUCAUCUACUCGUGGGACCCGCAGUUAAGGCAUCGUCUCUGUUACAAGGGCUCCGUCAACCUGCUCCACGUGCUCGCCUCGCCCAACACGAAUGCCGACAAUUUCCACCAGCUCGCCAUCAAGGUGGAGCCGAGAGGGACGCUUUACGUCAAGUUGAGACACACCCCGCCCGAAUUUGCCUUCAACCGAGAUCCCAAACCGAUCGGGCUGUUUGGCGCGAAUGUGGCCAACAUCGUGCUAAAGGAGGACUCCGGACUGAACGUGCCGCUCAUUGUGCAGCGCUGUAUCGAGGAGAUUGAGCGCAGAGGGCUCGACAUUAUCGGGUUGUAUCGCCUGUGCGGGUCCGCCACGAAGAAACAGGCGCUGAGGGAAGCGUUUGAACGCAGUCCGAGGAGUGUCGACUUGUCGGCGGAGAAUGUGCCGGAUAUUAAUGUUAUAACAGGCGUGCUGAAAGACUACUUGCGCGAACUGCCGGAACCUUUACUCACAAAGUCCUUGUACCACAUGCUCGUGGACGCGCUCAGCGUCUGCCUUCCCGACGAUCCCGAAGGAAAUGCCAGGCUCCUCUUCUCAAUUAUCGAAUGUCUACCUAAACCUAAUCGGUGCACUCUGCUCCUAAUUUUGGAGCACCUAAGUCUCGUGUGUUCACUAAGCGAUAGGAACAAAAUGGGCCCUCAGCAACUCGCCGUCUGUUUCGGCCCGAUUUUGAUGAUCCACUAUGACAUGUCCGUGGAAAGUGUGGAUUUCCAGCCGCCCAUCAAGGUCCUUCAGUACUUGUUGGAAACAUGGCCAGCCAAAUCAGUUCGGGCAGCGGGAGCGGGAGUGGAAGCAGUACGGAAGGGGCCUUCGCUUUUGGGGAAAGGCCGCCCCUUCCCGCCCAGUUCCAGCCCAGCCUCAAUCCUUUUGUCGCGGAAGCAACGGCCGCCGACCUCCUCCUCGGCUUCCCUCCAGCGGGACUACUCCCCCCAAAGCCCCCCUUCCAAGGCGUCCCCUUCCUCUCUUAGCGAAUCCUCCCCCAGCCCCACCAGCAGCGUCAAGGCGCCCCACCACCUCGCAAUGGGGGGGUCCGCGCCCUAUAACAACAACAACUAUCCAUCCGCUCUCGGUGGGCCUGGGGGGUAUCCCAUCACCCUCACGCCAUCCACCACGUCCAGCUCGCUCACCUCCGUGACCACGCAGGCUCUCACGCCCCCACAAACUACCGCCUCCAACUACUCACUCACGUCGGAAUUCUCCACUACGUCCGUCACCUCGCCCACCCCGUCCCAUCAGCACCACCACCACGUCGUCUCCACCUCCUCCACCAGGGAAAGCCUCGUCGCCUCUGCCCACCAGCCCCCUCACCCCCUCAGCCUCCUCCUCGGGAACGGCGGCGGCGCCGACCUCUCCGGCGGCGAGGGGUCCGGCGACGACGUCUUCGCCACCGUUUCCGUGCGCAAUAGAGCCUCCGUCUUCGAAACGACGCCAUCCAAUGGCGCCACCGUUCUCGCCAAUGGCUCUGCCGCCGCCGUCGCUGCCGCGCAACACCUCCAACAGCAGCAACAACACCAGGAACGCCUCGAGUACUACGCCCAGCUCCAGAGCGGGGAGAAGGUCUCAAACAUCUUGGCCAUGCAGCACAACAUGAUGCACCACGUGACGUCCCCGCCGCACCAGCCCGCCGUGCCCGCUUCACCCUUCAUGGGGCGCAAGUCCAUCGGGGGUGGGCCGCCGCUGCCGGGCCGGGCGGAGCGGGCGGACUCCUUCGAAGACGGCGGCUCCACGACGACGACGAGCAGCAACUCGAGCAACAACUCGAUCUGCUCCAAAAGAAGGCUGCCCUCGAUCCCGAAAAGCUUCAGCACGAGUCAGGAGGACAACACGACGGGGAACAAUGGUAACAACAACAACAACGGGGCCAACAAUGGGCACCACCACCACCACCAUCACCACCAGAACACGCCGCCCCCCGAGCACGAGGCGCAACAACAGCAGCAACCACUCGAGUACUCUUCGCCCCCUUCGACCGAUCCAGACCUGAUAAACAACCGGAUAAGCAACAUCCCCCCGGCGACGCAACAGCAGCAGCAAUAUUCCCCCUUCCAACAGGGCCGGCAAGACCUUCCUCAGCAAUACUACGCCAUGGAGCCGUCGUACCCGCCCCCGCAAAUGAUCAAGCCUGGUUUCGGCAGUCCAAAACCAGUCCCACCACCCCCGCCGCCGAAACCAGGCUCCGCCAUGCGCCAACGCCUCGCGUCCUCGUGCUCCUCCGACUCAGAGGACUACUCGGACCGGCAGGACUCCCCGGGAACGAGGCCCAAGCAGAGCAACGGCCACUCCUGCGGUGGUACCGUGCCCAACGAGACGAACGGCGGGAGCGGGGGGUCGUCCGGCGGCAGCUCCACGACCACCCCUACCACGGUCCAGAGCCAGCCGGGGGCCGGGAGCAAGGGGUCCAGUCCGGGCACCACCCCGCUCAGCACGCCACCGCCAGUCCCGCCCAGACUGGAUCGCAGGCCCAGCCAACCUUCCCCCACGUCCAGCCCGCCCGCCAUGCCUCCCCCCGUCCCGCCCAGACUGGGACGAGCAGCUCCCGUUAGGACCCCGUCGCUGGAUGGCCGCGAAGCUUUCGAAGUAGACUGCUACACAAUCAAGGAAGAGAACGGCGAAGAAGACUUUUUAACGUAGUCCACAAGAACUGAUUUCAAAAUAUUUAUUUAUACUAAAUUUCAUAAUUUUUUACAUCAAAAACGACGAACUUAACGCUUACAUCUCUCUCUCUCUCUCAUCGACUUUUUCAACCAAGGGAAUUUUAUACGUGGAUUCACUCCCAUCAUAUUUUUUCUUCUCGUGUAAAUUAAAUUAUGUAAAUUAGCCGUGUGUCCCAUGCAUGCACACGCAAGACAACUAAUUCUUCUUCAUCUUCUCUUCUUCACAACUUUACAUUUUUCUACGACUUUCGACCCCCGACGACAAAACUCCGGUCUGGUGACGACGACUACGGCGUGAAUUUCAAGUGACGACGUUACACAAAUCCACGUGCACAAGAAUAGUCAAGGCGGCGGUACACGUGUUCAUUCAACAUUCAGCUAAAAACGAACAAAGAAUCCAACAAAACCUACUGCCAAACCUUUUACCAAUAAUAAUUAAAAGAAAUACGUAACAGUUAACCUAAAAUAUAAGUAUGUCAAACCAGUAAUUAAUAAUUGUAUUUGAAUAAUCAUUAAGUAAUUGUUCUACAUAAAUAUCUAAUUAGGGAAAAAAGUGACGGAAAAAUUCCUUGAAAUUCUCAACCUUAACCUAAAAAAGGAAUAUUGUAAUACUUCUAGCUAACUAAUUACCUCGAUUGAUGAGAUUUCCUAAAAUGAAAAUUGUAGCAGCAGGGAAAAGAGAGAAAGUCGAUUUGUCAGUAUUAUCAUGUCAACCUAUUUGCACUCCAAAACCCACCGAAAUUCCGGUCCUACCUCGAUUCAGACAAGUCAAUAACUAAAUAAAUUAGUAAAACAGGGGUGGGAAAAUACUGGGUCAAAAUGGAGUAUUUUGAACCCCGUUCUUCCCAUGGUUUGAAUUUAUUUCGGGGGCUGUCACACCCACAAAAAGGCGAAAAUCUAUCUACGCUGAGAAGGUAAGUCAGUCGAAAAUACGGGAUUUGUGAAGAAAUUAAUAUUUUAUCGCUGUCAAAAAUACUUUGUUUUAAAAAAAUCGUGAAAGCGAUGAGUGUACUCUCGUCAACCUUGGAAUAUCUCACAAUUUCAGUAUAGCAACAUGAGAUUUUGCUAAAAUUUUCCUGCAAAAGUUUGCAGGAAUAUUUUGCAGGAUAUAUUUUUAGAGAAAAUUUACCUAGCAAAUGGGCAUGUUCUUACAUAUUUCGCAAAAAUCUGCGAGAUUUGCAGUCAUAAAUUUCGAAUCUCUCUCUCGCAACACAAAUUUUUUGAUUGCCGCAUGUACUUUGCUACGUGAGUGAGUGUGGCCAUGCUGUCGUGAGGACGCUCAGGAGUGCAUUCAUCUUGACAGAGGUAAAAACUUAAUUUCUUCACAAAACCACUAUUUUCGCCAAAUUGUCCUUUUCUCCAUGCAGAUUCUUGUCUUUUCGUGGGGAUCCCAGCCCCAGAAAACCAACCAAUAGAAACCACAGAGGUCAAAAUGCUCUAUUUUUACACCGUAUUUUUUUCUAACCUAACUAACCACAUAGAUUUUUAAAAAACUAUCAUAGAUUUUAGCCUUAAAAAAACAGGACUUUUGUACAUUUCUUACGCACUCACGCACUCACUCGUGUGUAUUCAUCAAGUAUUGCCUCAACCCCUUUCACUUUUGAUAUUCAUACUCUAUUUACGAAUCAUGGGCGUAUGUAAAUAUGGCAAAAUUUUACUUUUUUAACACCACCAAAUCCCGUACAUAUUUCAUAGGAUUUAAAUAUAACUAUAAACCUACAUAUUUACCAAAUUCCUACCUAGAAUUCAUGCUUGGGUGAUUUUGAAGCAAUAAUAAACCGAUCAAACAGUGUAAUAAAAUGAAACCUUAACAAACCCAUCGGAAAUAAGAAAUAGCCCCCUCCCGGCUAUCGUCAAGUGAGACUAGGCGUAAGUAAGGAAAGGGACGGCAGCAGGUUAGCGUGAAAAAAAAUGUAAUUCUCAUCCAACAUUAGGUGAAACCAUUUAAGCAAUUAACAUAUUUCGAGGUGAGGCAGUGGGGUCGAGUGAGCCCAGUAAUUACGAUUAAAAGUUACUGAAUAUGGUGGGAUUUCGGAGAGCAAAAAAAACAUCUCCGGUCUUAAUAAAAAAAAGGAGGAGAAAGGCUAAAUAAAUUGACGCUGCUAACGUGUGCUUAUGUAUAAAUACAAAAAAUGAAAUGAAAACUGAAAAACUUUGUUGUUCAGAGUCAAGGACAUAUCAUAUUCAUGAACAUUUUUACUAGAUUUAUGUAUGUAUGUACACCUACAAAAUUAUAGUAUUAGUCGCAAGGAGGCGAGACGUAAAU